UGAAUUUCUUUCCUCGAAAUUUCUUCCCCUUCUCUCUCUCUCUCUCUCUCUCUCGCUUGCGGGGACCUCCGGAGUUAUCGUCGUCGCCACAUCACUGUCUGCUCCCAAAUCCGCUCUCGCAUCCUCUCGGUAUCGAGGUUCGGGUCUCGCUUCGUCCCUUCCGGGUGGAGGACUCUGGCCAGGCUUGCUGAGGGUUUCCCCUUGACUGGCACCAUGGAUUUUGACGAAUAUGAAUAUCUGGAGAAGACGGUUGAGAAUCCGGAACCACACAAGGUGAAGGAAGCUGUGAAUGGCGGUGAAGAAACCCUGAACUCUGGAGACAGGCGCAGAAGUCGGUCUUCGAAGCAUAAGGAAGAAGAGAAUGAGGAUGAUGCCGAUCAUCUCUCCAAACGCUCAAAGUCAGGGGGCAAACCCCGAGAUAAUGAUAGGCGCGGUUCUUCACGGCACCGGUCGCAGUCGAGGGACGGAGAGAGGGAUGGGCAUAAGAGUAGCCGGGAACGGAAAGAGAAGGGAAGAGACAGGGAAAGGGAUAGUGAGAGGGAGGACAGGAACGGGGGGGAGAGAGAUAGAGAUAGAGAUAAGCGUCGUGAUCGGGACAGGAGGGAACCCGACCGGGAUAGGGUUAUGGAAAGGGAACAAAAUAGGCCACGGAGAAGCAAGAGUCCUCCUGGAAGGCAUCGAGGUGGUCGGGAUGAAAUGGUCAGAGAAAGGAUUCGAGAUAUGGAGCAUGGAGAAAGAGAUAAAGAGAGAGAAUUUAAGGAACGGGAAAGAGAGACCAGGCCGCAUAAAGAAAAGAAGGAAGAUGCCAAAGAGCCAGAGGCGGAUCCUGAACGGGACCAGAGGACUGUAUUUGCCUAUCAGAUUAACUUGAAAGCAGAUGAAAGAGAUGUUUAUGAGUUCUUCUCAAGGGCUGGCAAGGUGCGCGAUGUACGUUUGAUCAUGGAUAGGAUCUCAAGGCGCUCCAAAGGGGUUGGAUAUGUUGAGUUCUAUGAUGCAAUGUCUGUUCCAAUGGCUAUAGCACUAUCUGGCCAGCCACUUCUUGGCAUACCAGUGAUGGUAAAACCGUCAGAAGCUGAAAAAAACUUGGUUCAGUCAACUGCAGCCGCAGCUGGAGGACCCGGUGGAUCAAUCGGUCCUUACUCAGGAGGUGCUAGAAGGCUUUAUGUUGGUAACCUGCAUACAAACUUGACAACUGAGCAGCUGAAAAAGAUUUUUGAGCCAUUUGGUGAGGUGGAGCUUGUGCAGCUACCACUUGACGAAUCUGGUCAUUGUAAGGGCUUUGGCUUUGUGCAGUUUGCACGUCUUGAGGAUGCCCGGAAUGCACUAAGUCUGAAUGGAUUGGAGAUUGCAGGACGGACUAUCAAGGUGUCAGCUAUUACUGAUCAAGCAGGAACACAGGAUGUUGGGACUAAUGCUGGAGAUUUUGAUGAUGAUGAAGGUGGUGGCUUGUCCUUGAAUGCGUCUUCGCGAGCAAGUCUUAUGCUGAAGUUGGAUCGGAGCGGAGCUGCAUCAAGCAUUGCUAGUUCUGUGGGCACUUCCGCCAUCAACAGCGCUGGUGCUACUCUUCCCUCAGGACCAAUUCUUGGCACGGCACCUGUGGUUCCUCCACUGGCUGCUUCUCUUAUGCAGCCAAAUAUUGCAGCCCUCACUGGACUUCCAGGAUCAGGUCUUCAGGUCACAGCUACAACUGGUCCUACAAUUGAUACAGUUGGUGUCCCAAGUGAAUGUUUGCUAUUGAAGAACAUGUUUGAUCCAACAUUAGAGACUGAACCAGAUUUUGAAUUGGACAUUAAGGAGGAUGUUCAAGAAGAAUGUUCAAAGUUUGGAAAUUUGAGGCACAUUUUUGUAGACAAGAAUAGCAGUGGUUUUGUAUACCUGAGGUUCGAGGAUACGCAGUCUGCAAGUAAUGCCCAACGAGCUCUUCAUGGAAGAUGGUUUGCUGGGAAGAUGAUAACCGCGACGUUCAUGGUACCCCUAACCUAUGAAGCUAAGUUCCCUGACAGCAGAUAGGAUUAUGGAGUCGGCUGCUCAAUUGCGCUGUUGCAAUCAUCGCAUAACGUGGACAUCACUGGUUGAGGUUUUUGUCGGGGAAUCAAGUUUCUUAAUUCACACAACCUAUGGGAAAGAGAAAGAGGGCCUGUCUAGCGUCUUGCUUUUCCUUUUCCUCGUCUCCGUCUUUUCCUAACUUGAUGGAAGCUUCUCCGUUUCUUGAACUUAUGUUCUUAGUCCUGUACUCCCAAUUGGCAGUGUUUGUGGGGAUUGUUGUACCAUAUGGAGUGGAAUUUUCAGGUGUAUUGUCCUAACGUUUAAUAGAGUUGAUUUUCCUUUGCAA